CAAGCUGAAGACGUAUCUUCGCGCAUCGAAUCCGUGAAGUACAGGGUGGAGGAAGCAUCGAAAGCUGCUGGCCGCUCCCAGAUACCACGACUGGUUGCAGUCUCCAAGCUUCAUCCGCCGUCCUCAAUCCUUGCCGCCUACAUUCAUGCGAAACAGACGCACUUUGGAGAGAAUUAUGUGCAGGAGAUGGUAGACAAAGCCAAAGUACUGCCGCGGGAUAUCCGGUGGCACUUUGUGGGUGGCAUGCAGAGCAACAAGGGCAAGAUGCUGGCUUCCGUCCCCAACCUAUACCUUCUCGAAACGCUGGAUUCCAUUAAAGCUGCCAAUGUGCUGGAAAAGGCCCUUGCUUCACCCGAUGCUAUCGAGCGUGACGAGCCCCUGAGAGUCUAUCUACAAGUCAACACAAGUGGAGAGGAUGUCAAGAGCGGUCUCCCGCCCCUGACGCAGGAGGCAGGAGGGACCGAGGACGGCGAAGGACAUUCCCUCUUGGAGUUGGCGAAACACGUCGUGAUCAGCUGUCCCAAUUUGGUCUUUUCUGGGUUGAUGACGAUCGGGUCAGCUGCUAACUCAUCGGCAAGAGCGGCAGCGACUAAUCGCGACGAAGCUCUGAGGGCUAAUCCGGACUUUGCCAAGCUGCAUGAGUCGCGCCGGCAUGGCGGACUGGAGCUCAGUAUGGGCAUGACAGCUGACUUCCCCGUUGCCAUUGCUGCUGGGAGCGAUAAUGUGCGCAUCGGUACGGACUGCUUUGGUGUCCGACCUAGCACGAGAGAAGAAGCGAAGAAGGCUAUGGAA